AUGGCCUUUGUUCCGUUCGACUAUUUGCAGCCGGGAUGGCCGAUGGCAAGCACUUGGAUUGUCCCUCAAAUGAAAGAUGCGCCGGAUAUGCACUACCAUGAAGUACACAAGGCUCAUGUUGGAAAGGGAAAUGUCACCGAAACCCCUCGCCGAUAUUCGGUUUCUCUUGACGUGCACGAAUUCGCUCCAUCUGAAUUGGAGGUAAAAACCGAGGGCCGAAAGGUUGUCGUCAAGGGGACGCAUCUCGAAGCCGAAGACAAAUAUGGCCGUGUGACAAAGGAAUUCAAACGAAAAUACAAGCUACCGAGGAGCUGCGAGCUUGAAUCGAUUGAAUCCCAUAUAAACCCAGAAGGCGUGCUGAUGAUUGAGACAAAGAAGAGGGAUCGAUCGAACUCCACCAACGUCCCUAUCAUUCGCGAAACUCGCACUCAAGGAAGGAUAAUCGAACACUUC